AUGCCCUUCGGGAUGUGGGCGAAGAAUAAAAACACGUCCAAGGAGACCGCCCGGCUGGUGGACAGCGAGGGGAACUCGGGGGGCGCGGGCGGCUGCACCCCGGAGCCCGCGCGCCAGCUGGUGUUCCACGUGCAGCUGGCCCACGGCAGCGUCACGGGUCGAGUGCAGGGGUUCGCCAGCAACCUCGAGCUGUACCAGCAGAUCGCGGGCGUGUUCGGCCUCGGGGUGUCCGAGAUCUUAUACUGUACUAUAAAUACACCUAAAGUGGACAUGGAAAAACUUUUAGGAGCGCAAUUAGGUUUAGAAGACUUCAUAUUUGCCCAUGUGAAAGGGACAAAAAAAGAAGUGAAGAUAUACAAAUCUGAGGACUCACUUGGUCUAACCAUUACGGAUAAUGGUACUGGUGGCGCUUUUAUAAAGAGAAUUAAAGAGGGUAGUCUAAUUGAUGCAGUUAAAACAAUCUGUGUGGGGGAUUACAUUGAAUUCAUAAAUGGAGAAAGUACUGCUGGAUGGCGUCAUUAUGAUGUUGCUAAGAAGUUAAGGCAAUUAAAAAAAGAAGAAAACUUCACCCUGAAGUUAGUAGAGCCUAGGAAGGCAUUUGAAGUAGGGCCAAGGUCAAAGACAUUGAAGGUGUCAGGAGGUGGACGGGGGACUCUUCGCUUGAGAUCUAAAGGUCCGGCCACUGUGGAGGAAAUGCCAUCUGAAGUCACAGCAAAGGCAAUUGGAAAGAUUGAUGAUCUUCUUGAAUUAUACAUGGGAAUUCGAGAUAAUGAAUUAGCUACCACAAUGUUUGAAGCUGGAAAUGGCAAAGGAAAUCCAGAAGAAUUUGCGGUGGAAAUCAACACAAUUCUUGAAGAGUUUGAAUUCCCUGAAGAAUUUGUCUUUGAUGUUUGGGGAGCCAUCAGUGAUGCCAAACAAGGAAGGUUAUGA